AUCAUCAUUUUUAGCAAAUGAUCCUAAAUCUAACUUCAGCCAACAAUAAUGAAGGACCCAUCAGGAAAACAUCAUGACCAUCAUCGAUGCCCUUUGUUUAGAAAGUCAUGGUCAGACAAACUAAGGGACAUAUUCUUCUGCUUUCAUGUCUCCUCUUCCCAAAGAAAAUGCAGAAGAUUAGAUGCUAAGCUUGAGAAAAAGAUGAUUGAAGCACAUCAAAGGAAAUUAGCAUCAAAUGGGAAUAACAGUUUCAAAUCAAUGAACAGCUUAAUCUUGAAGUUCCCUCAGAUUAGACAAGGAUUGAAACAAGUUAGACAUCUCUUUAUCGAAUAUGAUGAGGAUUCUAAUGGUGUAAUUGAUAUAAAUGAACUCAGAAGAUGUUUAAACAAAUACCACCUUCAAAUUCAUCUUGAAGAGGAGGAACUUGAUGAUGUUUUCAGUUCUUGUGACAUGAAUGGAAUUAAAGGGAUUCAAUUGAAAGAGUUCAUUGCUGUCCUGUGUCUCAUCUAUGUACUUAAAUCAAAACUGGGAGUUGCAGAGCUUGAAUCCACCUUCGAGAUUAUUGUGGAAGCAUUCUUGUUUCUGGAUAAGAAUGGAGAUGGAAAGCUGAACAAGAAAGAUGUGAUCAAGUCACUGAAUGAGGAUUUUCGUUGGGAGAGGUCAUCAAUGCAUGUCAUCACGAAUAGAUUCAAAGAAAUGGAUUGGGCUGAUAGAGAUGGGAAUGUCAGUUUCAGAGAGUUCCUCUUCUCGUUGAUCAAUUGGGUUGGGAUAAUUGAUCUUCACGAGGAAGAAGAUGAAGAUGAUAAUGAAGAACAGACUAUCCAUGUCAUUCAUGUGGAUUGAAAUACGAGUAAUAUUAAGAAGUUGAACACUUGUUUAAUACCACCCCUCCUUAUAAAUGAUGUAAAUGCAUUAUGCAUUUAACUUUGAUUUAUAUCCUUAAAAAAAUAGUUUUUUUAAGAAAAUAUUAAUUAAACAAAGAUAAAUAAUUUAGGCAACGAAA